AAUGAUGUUAUUUGCCGUUGGAGGCGUUGGCAAAUUGAGUGGGGUUAGGUUGAGCAGUUAUUCUCCUUGUGGAAGUGGAUUGAGAGCAGAUUGACAGGAGGAACCGUUGCUGAUAAUUAUAAGUAAAGCUGCAUUUUGCUCCAGACAGAAGAUGGGGAAGAAGAGUCGUGUGAAGACUCAGAAGUCGGGGGCCACCGCUGCAGUCUCCCCCAAAGAGAUGAUGAACCUCAUCUCUGAACUCUUGCAGAAGUGCAGCAGUGCAGCCCCCUCUGCUGGCAAGGAGUGGGAAGAGUAUGUCCAGAUUCGAACGUUGGUGGAAAAGAUCCGCAAGAAGCAGAAAGGUAUGUCAGUGACGUUUGAGGGCAACAGAGAGGAAAACUUCUCUGAGCUGAUGGCCUGGGCUGCAGACUGUGGGGCCUCCUGCGAUGGCUUUGAGAUCUCCAAUUUUGCAGAUGAGGGCUACGGACUCAAAGCCACAAGAGAUAUCAAGGCGGAGGAGCUCUUUCUGUGGAUCCCCCGGAAAAUGCUGAUGACUGUGGAAUCGGCCAAGAACUCCGUCCUUGGUCCCCUGUACAGUCAGGACCGCAUCCUGCAGGCCAUGGGCAACGUGUCGCUGGCCCUGCACCUGCUGUGUGAGCGCGCCAACCCGGCUUCGCCUUGGCUGCCCUACAUCCGCACACUGCCCGCCCACUACGACACGCCGCUGUACUUCCACGAGGACGAGGUACGCCACCUGCUGGCGACGCAGGCCAUCGCAGACGUCCUGAGCCAGUACAAGAACACUGCGCGCCAGUAUGCCUACUUCUACAAAGUCAUUCAGGUGAGGAGAUCGGAGUGUGUGUGUGUGUGUGUGUGUGUGUGUGUCUAAGUCAUUCCGAAAAGA